AUGGUUCCCGAAACGACGUCGUCGCGGCGGCUGACGAAAGUGCUGGUGAAGGUGACGGUGGAUAGGAGUUUUGGGGCGGCGCAAGUGGUGGUGUCGACGGAUCAGGAGACAGUCAAGGACUUGGUGAAGGCGGUGCUGAAGAUUUACGCGGCGGAGAAGCGGAGGCCGCUGCUACCGGAGACUAAUCCGCACCGUUUCGAGCUUCACUAUUCCUGCUUCAGCUUCGAAAGCUUGAAUGAAGAUGAGAAGGUGAUAAACUUGGGGUCGAGGGACUUCUUUUUGUGCAAAAAGCCUGUCGAUGACAACAUGAUCACCAACACCGUUAAUGUCAAUACUUCAUUCUCGGAGGAAGUAAAGAAGAAAGCAACAAACUCAUCGUCGUUUCCGUGGACACAGUUUAUGGAUUUUCUCUUGUAG